AUGCGUGAUAUCACGAGGAAAACACAGGAAAAGGAGAAGAGAACUGUCGGCAAAGGAAGUGGUGGAACAACUGAACAGACUUUGGUACAUCCUUUAUUUGAUAUACAAGAUGAGACCAUACGUGGGCGAGCUGCAGGAUCAAAGAAGGUGCAAGAAAAGGAUGCCAUUGAUGUGCCCGUGAAACCGCCUACUGUUGCUGAUAAA